UGUUGUACAAAAAUAUAUCCGUAUCCCACUUGAAAUGUCGCCAGAACCAACUAGCGUCGCGGCCAUUUCUCCCACUAGCAAUGUUUUCCCUCACAACUUAUUCCCCAACCGUAGUUCACAUGAAACAAAACGAAAUGGUUCCUUGGAUUUAUUGGUCGCAGCUGCUGUUGCCAUAAAUUUGAGAGAUUCGGACUAUUCAAAUAUAGAG